UGUUCUCAAGUUCAGAAAUCCCCUGGGGAUCCUCCUAAAUCUACAUCGAGGCAACAUUUGCUUUUAUUUUACUCAAGUUUGUUUGUUAGGCUAAACUUUAGUCUUGAUACACACGGACGGUGAAAUCGUUUAUACUGAGUUUUUAACGCUUGUUGGACGACUUUUGUCACGGCGGAGGUUGUGUUGUUUCCCCCCCCUUGUCCACUUCGCUAGUUCUUUAUUUGAGAAGAGAACACAUCCAACUCUAAACCAAAAUGGACACGGGAGUAUCUCCAGUUCGCGCAACUAAGCGGGUCGGCGCAUAACGGAUAAAUAAACAGGAUCUCUUUUAAUGGACCACAACAUCUUAUUCUCAUUUUGAUAAUCCUAACCACUUAAACGUUUAAGCUAAUAUAAAUGUAUUAAAGCGGAGUGGAGUGGAUUAUCUCGUAUCAUGUCAAGGACUUGGAUUUCGAAAUAGCCUAAUUUCUCACUUUGUUUCCUCGGAGUGGAAUGUGACAAUCUGGGGGUUUACUUCAGUUGGAUAACCCUGCUACUACUAAAAUGGUAUAAUCGAACCGUAGCCUAUUGAAUGGGAGUGUAGGCUGGACUCUUCUCGUAUUAUGAAAAGUUUCUGCUGAAGUUUGGUGGGUUGUGGUUGGUUAAAAACGGACCAUGUCGGGAGUUGUGCGGAGCCUGAGCCGCUGCCUGCUGCCGGCCGAGGCCACCCGAGAGGCGGGCGGCAGCAAGGACAAGAUCCGGGAAAGGGACGCGGUCCAGGAGCGAGAGGCUCGGCGGAGGAGCCGGGAGAUUGAUUCCAUGCUCGCACGAGAGAGGCGUGCUGUGAGGCGGCUAGUGAAAAUCCUUCUCCUCGGUGCUGGAGAGAGCGGCAAAUCGACCUUCCUCAAACAGAUGAGGAUUAUUAAUGGAAAAGAGUUCGACAAGAAAGCUCUACUAGACUUCCGGGACACAAUCUUUGAGAAUAUCAUAAAGGGGAUGCGUGUAUUGGUGGAUCUACAGACUGACCCCAGCCUAUUCGGUUGUAUCUCCUCAGGCCUGACCAAACCCCUCCUCCAGCUACAGACUGACCCCAGCCUAUUCGGUUGUAUCUCCUCAGGCCUGACCAAACCCCUCCUCCAGCUACAGACUGACCCCAGCCUAUUCGGUUGUAUCUCCUCAGGCCUGACCAAACCCCUCCUCCAGCUACAGACUGACCCCAGCCUAUUCGGUUGUAUCUCCUCAGGCCUGACCAAACCCCUCCUCCAGCUACAGACUGACCCCAGCCUAUUCGGUUGUAUCUCCUCAGGCCUGACCAAACCCCUCCUCCAGCUACAGACUGACCCCAGCCUAUUCGGUUGUAUCUCCUCAGGCCUGACCAAACCCCUCCUCCAGCUACAGACUGACCCCAGCCUAUUCGGUUGUAUCUCCUCAGGCCUGACCAAACCCCUCCUCCAGCUACAGACUGACCCCAGCCUAUUCGGUUGUAUCUCCUCAGGCCUGACCAAACCCCUCCUCCAGCUACAGACUGACCCCAGCCUAUUCGGUUGUAUCUCCUCAGGCCUGACCAAACCCCUCCUCCAGCUACAGACUGACCCCAGCCUAUUCGGUUGUAUCUCCUCAGGCCUGACCAAACCCCUCCUCCAGCUACAGACUGACCCCAGCCUAUUCGGUUGUAUCUCCUCAGGCCUGACCAAUCCCCUCCUCCAGCUACAGACUGACCCCAGCCUAUUCGUCGCCUCGGCCGCAAAUCACCUGCUGGCCCGCCUCCUGACCUUCCACCAGCCGGCUACAACCUCACACACAACCCAGGGGAAUGGCCUCACUGCUCCACCCAAUAAGGAAGAGGUAGAUUUGGACGUAACCAUGGAGACAAGUCCAGGAAGCGGGUGUUCCGUCACCAUGGAGAUCUUGAAGCACCUGGAGAGCUCUCUGGAGUCAGACAGCCAUACCCAGGUGCUCCAGGGGCUGAGGCUGCUGGCCCUGACUCUCCCCAAGCUGGAGGCUCCUCUCCGGGGCUUGGUGAUCAGGCGAGUCCUGAGGCCUCUGGAGGGGUUGGUCCUAGAAGGCCGCAGAGCAGUUACACAGCCUCUAAUGGACGUCCUACUGGCUACGUACAGGUCCGGUCCGUGUGACUCCAGACUCGUCUCUCUGAUGGCGUCCAUGUUGAACUCCCAGAAUCCCUCUGACGCUGCGCUGUGUGCCGCCGCCACCCUCCAUCCGGAGACCUGUCCUCCAGGCCUCAGACAGAAGGUCGUAGCUGUUCUACUGACACCUCUACAGAUGGUUACUGGAGUAACUCUGCUGGACGGGUCCAAUGACAGACACACGGAUCAACAGACCGACCACAGACAUACAGAUCGACAGACUGACCACAGACACACGGGUCAACAGACUGACCACAGACACACUGAUCAACAGACUGACCACAGACACACUGAUCAACAGACUGACCACAGACACACUGAUGGACAGACUGACCACAGACAGGCUGAAAAAGACCACAGACACACGGGUCAACAGACUGACCACAGACACACUGAUCAACAGGCUGACCACAGACACACCGAUCAACAGAUCGAAAACAGACACACUGAUCAACAGACUGACCACAGACACACGGAUGGACAGACUGACCACAGACACACGGAUCAACAGACUGACCACAGACAGGCUGAAGAAGACCAGGACAGACACACUGAUCAACAGGCCUACCACAGACAGGCUGAAGAAGACCAGGACAGACAGACGGAGGGUCGUAGCUCUCUCUCUCUCCUGCUGGAUCAUCUCAACCACAAACCCUCCUGUAUCUCUCUGCUCUGCGUCUCUGUGUCCAGCGCUCCCUACAUAACAGACAUGGAGUCAUCUGCCUCUGUCAUCCUUGCUGUGGUGUCACUCCUGAGGAUCUGUAACGGCCACUCACCCGAGAGCAAGGCUGCUAUUGGCUGUAGCAAAGCGUCCACCAACCUGAUUGGCUGCAGCAAGGUCCAGAGGUGUGGCCUAGACUGCCUGGCUAGCCUUAGCACCUGCCCUGGAGCUGUGGAGCGGGCGGUGGAGGUGUUCCGUGUUCUAGUGCAGAACCUACAGAACCCCGACUCAGACCCCACCGUGCUCCAGAAGACCUACCAGGCCAUGUUGAGGUGGCUUAGUGUGUCUGCAGAGUCUUCCUCACUGGCUGAUCUGGUCAAUGAAGACCUCCUUCCCGUGCUAAAGAAGCGUGUGUGUGACGUGCGUUGGGAGGUCCGGGACUCCACUCUAGAGUUCCUCGGCCGGCUGUGUGAGGCGUUACGCUGCACUGUCACUCCUAUCCUGCUGGAGGCGCUGUGUGAUCAGGAGAGCUAUGUGAGGGCGACUGCCAUCUCUGCCCUGGCCAGGACUCUCAGUGACCAGCAGGGGGAGCCAGGGAACCGGACACAGGAGGAGACUCUGGGUCAGUUACUAGACAUCCUGUCUCAGGAUUCAGAGGUCUUCCCCAGACGUGCUGUGGUCCAGUUCUUCAUCAGCUGGCUAAAGACACACCCAUCAUCUUCCUCCUCCUCAUCGCUGCGUUCUGUCCUAUCGCUGGGCAGCACUGAUCUGGACUGGGAGGUCAAAGUUCACACCCUGGAGCUGGUUGAGCUCCUGAUGGAGGAAACACUUCCAGGUCACCAGGGGUCAGAGCUGGGGUCAGCUCCUCCCUCUUACGGUGGCUCUGGAGGAACAAACCUACUAACACACACUGACCUCACACACCCCUACGCUGUGACGCCAAGCCAGCCCUCACCCCUUCUGACACACACCACAACUGACACACACACACCCCCAACACACCCGUCUGUAGUGUGUGGUCUGUCUCGGUUGGUGGACCUAGGUGUUGUAACAGCGUUACUCAACGGCCUGUUUGAUUGUGACAGACCUGUAGCUUUAAAAGCCUGUAGUCUGUUGCUACGACUACGAGACGCGGUGUGUGUGUCCCGGUCGCUAAGGAAAGGUGCUAUGACCACUGACGACACCACGGCAACAGUUGCCACGGUGACUUUUGACCUGAGGGGUCAGGUUUGGGAGCGGGAGGUCACGAGGAAGUUACAGGAGAAGAGAGGAUCUGAUUGGGUUAAAGAGUCCAGGGAAGUAGCUUGUGAUAGGCCGAACAGGAACAGAGUUUCUGAUAGGACAGACGGGGCUGGUUCCGAAGCCUGUGAUAGGUCGACGGGGAAGAGUGUGUGUGAAGGUAGCGCGAGGGUGUGUGAGGUGCUGUGGUCGUUGGGUCUAGAGGAGAGACAGAGUGUGUCGUCACAGAGCAGUGACCAUGUCCAGAACUCACCCCUCUCUCUAUUGGAGGACAUCCUGAACGCUACAGACACAUCACACACUGACGAGGUUAUAGUAGACUGUUACUGACCGACACACGUUGUGAUGGACUAACACGGUUUUAUUUGUGAUGAUUGUUUCUCCUCUGUACGUUGACUAGUGAAUACUGUCGUUAGAAUUCCAUUGGGACUUAACUCUUGAUCAUCCACCUACCAGGAAAAUAAAUAAAGAUACUGUUUUGAUAUUUCAAA